AUGGCCAUAUUUGGCAUGUUUAAGAAUUUAUUGCUUGGACAACAGUCUAAUAAUCAAUCUACCAAUCAUAAACUUCCCUCAAUAAUACUAAAAGAUGUUAACCCAAUGGAUCAUUGGAAAGUGCUUGGAGAGAUUGCUGAAGGUGCUUUCGGAAAAAUUGAGAAAGUUUGCAGUUUAAGUAAUUCUCAUUUGAUUGCAGCUUCAAAGGCUAUUUCACCUCAAGAAGGAGAAAAUUUGGAAGAUUUUCUGGUUGAGAUUGAAAUUCUUACACUUGCAAAGGAACACGAAAAUAUUAUGAUAUUGGAAUAUUGUGCUGGUGGUGCAAUUGAUUCUAUAAUGGCCGAAUUGGAUAAGCCUUUAACUGAGCCACAAAUUGCUUAUGUUACACAUGGUGUUGUCAAAGCUUUGGAAUUUCUUCAUUCACAAGCUGUUAUUCACAGAGAUCUGAAGGCUGGGAAUAUUUUGUUGUCUGCGGAUGGAAUCGUCAAGCUUGCUGAUUUUGGCGUAUCUGCAAUAAUGAAAAAUCAUCAGAAACGUGAUUCUUUCAUCGGAACUCCUUAUUGGAUGGCACCGGAAGUGAUUAUUUCCGAUAUUUGGUCACUUGGCAUAACUCUCAUCGAAAUGGCACAAAUUGAACCACCAAAUCAUAAUAUGAAUCCAAUGCGUGUAGUCAUCAAAAUUCAAAAAUCGGAACCUCCAACUCUUGCACAUCCACAAAGAUGGACUUCAACUUUCUCAGAAUUUCUUCGAAAAUGUCUUGUAAAAAAUCCUGAUGAACGUUGGAAUGCUCAACAAUUGCUAAAUCAUUCUUUUAUUCGAACUGCUACCGAUCGACGGCCUAUAAUCAAAUUAUUGUGUGAAAAGAAUGCAGAUGUAUUGGAGGAAAUAAUUGAAGUUGUUGGAGCAAACAAUAUUGAAAUCGAUAGUAUAGCUGAUUCUGAAGAACGUGAAACGUGUUCAGAUAUUGACAGCAUCAGCACUAUUAAUAAUGCUAAUAAUAAUCCUCUUAGAACUUCAAUUGAAAAUAUUCCAAACUUUCGUCAUGCUCCUUUUGAACCGACAACAUCGACAGUUGUUAUUGACUCUAAUAAAGAUAAUAACAACAAAAAUAAUGAGCAAUCACAACAACAACUUGUUAUUGUUUCUAAGAAAAAUUAUGAAGCUCCACAACCACCUCCAGAACCCCCAGCACUUUUGCCUUGGGGAACAACACCUGAUGAUGAUGUUAUAAAUGCUAGAAGUCAUAGUACCUUAAGCCCUUCUGGGCAAGAAGCUAUUCAGAUUUUGGAUGAUCUUUGUGAUGUUCUCGAUAAUGAUGGUGAUGAGGAUGUUGUUAGCAGCAAUACAGCUUCAUUUCAAUCAGAGCCAGUUGUACUUGGAGAGCAUUCAAUGCCGUCUCUUUUGCACUCUUCCUCUGUUGAUAAUCAAAAGACUGUCGUCCAUUUGUCUAAUGAACAAAUAAAUGCUGAACCAACAACGAUACAUUUAUCAUGUGAUGAUUUGCCGCCACCGGAGCCGCCUGUUGAUUAUGAUGUUGAGGAUAAUAUAAUUCGUGAAAAGUUACAAAAGGAAGCAUCAAAAGUUACACCUGAAAGAAUCACCAAAACCGACGACAAACGAAAGAGAUCUGGAAGUGUUAAUGCUGAAAAUAUUUCUGCGGCUACAAAUGGGGGUGGAUAUUUAAAUCAACGUCAUUCUCAUCCUGUUGCUGAGAAUUUAUUGCAAAAACAAAAUGUUCGUUCGUCUCCACCUUUGCCUGCUAAAGAACAAGUUGUACAUCCUUCUAAUCAAAUCCAUCGACCUCAGCAGCACAAAGAGCGACAACCAUCUGUUCAUGUUCCAAUGCGCAAAUCACCUCAUCGUGCUACCGUCACUAAAAGAACACGUACUUAUGUUGUUGAUGGAGUCGAAGUUACAAGCACAACUAUGCAUGUUUUGGGUGAAAAACAGGAUCUCGAACUGAGAAAAAAAGAGUUGAGAGAUUUGAAGCGAAUACAAAGAGAAGAGGCACGACAACAGCAAGAACUUAAUGCGAGAGCUGAACAAAUACGUGAGCAACAAGAAAGGAAGUUUGCUUUUGAAAUGCAGGCAAUACAAAAAUCUUAUGAAAAUGAAGUCGAAGCAAUAUCUAAGGCGCAAAAAAAGAAAAUGGAAGAACAAGAAAAACAACAAGAAGAGGAGAUGCGUAAUUUGGCUAAACGGAUUAGAAUUGAUCAGGAAAGAGAUUUGAGACUAUUUCGUGAUAGAUUGAGACAACAAGAAAAGAUUUUAAAACAAGAAGUUGGAAUGCUUCCAAAAUCUCAACGUAAGCCUGUAAUGAAGCAGAGACAAGAGAGUUUCGAGAAAUAUCAAAUUGAUAAGGAAGCAGAAUUCAUGAAUCAACUGGAACGCAAUAAAGAAAACUUUUUACAAAAAGCUCAGGAUCGUCAUCGUGAAAGGCUUUGUCUGUUAGAACGGCAAUUUUUGGAGCAAAAACACCAAUUAGAGAGAGGAUUAGAAACUGCUCAAUGGGAGUUGGAAGAAGCUCAGUUGGCGGAGAAACAUGCCUUAUUGACACAACAAUUUAGAGAUGUUUUUCAUUUGCAAAGGACUCAUAUGCUUGCCAGACACGCAAAAGAGGGAGAACACGUAAGACGCAUCAAUCAAGCAAAUGAAGAAAAUAUGUUACGUGCAUUGACAAUCGAUAGGAAAGCAUUACCUAAAGUUUUAAGAAAUGAAAGUAAAACGCGAACAAUGAUGUUUAGAAAAAGUUUGGAAGUUGACUUACCGGGUGAAAGCUCAGAGACAUGGACAGCAAAAAUAAAAAUUUUUGAAGAAAAAGAAAAGCAAAGAAUCCGUUUAAAAAUGGAUGAAUAUGAUUUGAAAUGUAAAAGAAAGUUGGCACAAUUAGUUGAAAACAAUCAAAAUGUACUUCGAGAAUUAGAAGAAAUUCAUAAUGAGAAGCGUAAUAUGCUUUUGGAUAAUGAACGAGCAAAACUUGCUGAAUAUGAAAAAGAAUAUCAACAAGUUUUAUCUGAAUGGAAAUCUAAUUUGUCUUCUAGGAAAGCUGCUUUGGAAGCAAAAUUUAGUGAAGAAUUGGCAACUCAAGAACGUUUUUAUAGUUCUGAAAUGACUGUUAAUUCUGGAGUUAGCUCUUCUUCUUCGUCUUCUUCUUGCGCACAAGCAAGAUCUUCCUAUAAUGUUUUUGGGCUGGAUCAGCAUCUUUAA